AUGGCAGACAAGAAAGAGUUGACCUACUCUGAUGUCUCGGAGCACAACUCCAAGAAGGACCUCUACAUGGUCAUUCACGACAAGGUCUACGAUGCCACGAGCUUUGUAGACGAGCACCCAGGUGGUGAGGAAGUCCUCCUCGACAUCGGCGGUCAAGACGCGACAGAAGCCUUUGAAGAUGUAGGCCACUCAGACGAAGCCCGCGAGAUCCUCGACGGCAUGCUCGUCGGAACACUAAAGCGCAGAGAAGGCGACCCGAAACCAAAGGCCUAUGCCCUGGCCUCUGCCUCCACCGUCAUGAACACCGAUGGCGCGUCGACUGGCGUCGGUCUCUAUGCUAUGAUUUUGAUUGGUGGUGCUUUGGCGUUUGCGGCUUACACGAUGAUGAAUAAGCAGGGUUCGGAGUAG